AAAGAAGAGCCUCCCUCACCUUCAUCUGCAUCGUGAGCUCUCUCCAGCGCACGUCUGCCUACCAGAAUUCAUCCAGCACAAGACCUGCCCAGUUUCUAGCUUACUUGUUUUCCUACUUCUUUGCACAUCACGAUGGAGUGCGAGAACAGAGCGCACGUCGCCGCCAACGGCGAUGGCUUGUGCGUGGCGCAGCCGGCGCGGGCCGACCCCUUGAACUGGGGGAAGGCGGCAGAGGAGCUGUCCGGGAGCCAUCUUGACGCGGUGAAGCGCAUGGUCGAGGAGUACCGUAGGCCGGUGGUGACCAUGGAGGGCGCCAGCCUGACCAUCGCCAUGGUCGCCGCGGUGGCCGCCGGCUGCGACACCAGGGUGGAGCUCGACGAGUCUGCCCGUGGCCGCGUCAAGGAGAGCAGUGACUGGGUCAUGAACAGCAUGGCCAACGGAACCGACAGCUACGGCGUCACCACCGGCUUCGGCGCUACUUCUCACCGGAGGACCAAGGAGGGGGGCGCUCUCCAGCGGGAGCUCAUCAGAUUUCUUAAUGCCGGAGCCUUCGGCACUGGUGGCCACGACCAUGUCCUCCCCGCCGCGACGACAAGGGCUGCGAUGCUAGUCCGCGUCAACACCCUGCUCCAGGGGUACUCCGGCAUCCGCUUCGAGAUACUCGAGACGAUCUCCAAACUUCUCAACGCCGACGUGACACCAUGCCUGCCGCUCCGAGGCACGAUUACCGCGUCUGGUGACCUCGUCCCGCUUUCCUAUAUUGCGGGCCUGGUGACCGGCCGGGCAAACUCCGUGGCCACGGCUCUAGACGGCAGCAAGGUUAACGCAGCCGAGGCGUUCAAGAUCGCUGGCAUCCAGCAUGGCUUCUUCGAGUUGCAGCCCAAGGAAGGGCUUGCCAUGGUGAACGGCACGGCUGUUGGCUCGGGGCUCGCGUCCAUCGUUCUUUUCGAGGCUAACAUUCUCGGCGUCCUUGCUGAGGUUCUGUCGGCAGUUUUCUGCGAGGUCAUGAACGGCAAGCCGGAGUACACCGAUCACUUGACCCACAAGUUGAAGCACCAUCCUGGGCAGAUUGAGGCUGCCGCCAUCAUGGAGCACAUCCUUGAAGGAAGCUCCUACAUGGCACUCGCGAAGAAGCUCGGCGAGCUCGACCCGUUGAUGAAGCCAAAGCAAGACAGGUACGCGCUUCGCACAUCGCCGCAGUGGCUUGGCCCCCAAAUUGAGGUCAUCCGUGCUGCCACGAAGUCGAUUGAGCGGGAGAUCAACUCCGUCAACGACAACCCACUCAUCGACGUCUCCCGUGGCAAGGCCAUCCAUGGCGGAAACUUUCAAGGCACGCCCAUCGGCGUGUCCAUGGACAACACAAGGCUUGCCAUUGCCGCGAUUGGCAAGCUCAUGUUUGCGCAGUUCUCAGAGCUGGUGAACGACUUCUACAAUAACGGUCUACCUUCAAACCUCUCUGGCGGCCGAAACCCAAGCUUGGACUAUGGCCUCAAGGGUGCUGAGAUUGCCAUGGCCUCGUACUGCUCUGAGCUCCAAUUCCUAGGCAACCCGGUGACCAACCAUGUCCAGAGCGCGGAGCAACACAACCAAGAUGUCAACUCUCUCGGUCUCAUAUCUGCUAGGAAGACCGCUGAAUCCAUUGACAUACUAAAGCUCAUGUCCUCGACAUUCUUGGUCGCGUUGUGCCAGGCCAUUGACCUCCGCCACCUCGAGGAAAAUGUCAAGGAUGCGGUCAAGAGCUGUGUGAAGACGGUGGCCAAGAAGACACUAAGCACCAACAACAAUGGCCAUCUCCACAACGCACGCUUCUGCGAGAAGGACCUGCUACUCACAAUCGACCGCGAGGCAGUAUUCACAUACGCAGACGACCCUUGCAGCGCCAACUACCCAUUGAUGCAGAAGAUGCGAGCUGUUCUUGUGGAGCACGCCCUGGCCAAUGGUGAUGCCGAGCACGAUGUGGAGACGUCGGUUUUUGCUAAGCUUGCCAUGUUUGAGCAGGAGCUGCGUGUUGUGCUGCCGAAGGAGGUCGAGGCUGCCCGGAGUGCUGUGGAGAAUGGCACCGCUGAGCAGCAGAACCGUAUCACCGAGUGCCGGUCAUACCCGCUCUACCGGUUCGUCCGCAAGGAGCUUGGGACUGAGUACUUAACUGGGGAGAAGACACGAUCUCCUGGAGAAGAGGUGGACAAGGUGUUCAUCGCCAUGAACCAGGGCAAGCACAUAGACGCGCUGCUCGAAUGCCUCAAGGAGUGGAAUGGUGAGCCACUACCUAUCUGCUGAACAACGUAUUAGAAAUUGAAGAGAAGAUAGUGUGCUUCAGAUUUCAAAGACUCCGGAUGUUCUUAGUUUACAAGUGAUAAUAAUGUUUUUCAUUGUAUUUUCAAGAAAGAUUAUGUUUUGAAACUUGCUCUUGCAGAGCUGUGCUGUUGUUGCCAAAUAUUUCAACUAGAUGGUUUAAGUGGUAUAUAACCAAUACAACUUCUAUGAUGUAAGGUAAAAGCGUACCAUAUAUGGUAAAUAUUCUUGAUAAAUGUACUGGUUCCUUUUUUGAGGUCAAA